AUGGCGCUGCAAUGGAUCAUACUGACCUACGUCGUGGCCGCGGAGGCGGCCAUCGCGAUUCUCUUAACCUUGCCCACUCCGAAGGUUGUGAAAUCGCGUUUGGUUUCUCUCGUUUCCCUCAUCCUCCAGCCGUCCUUGUUCGUGGUUCCGUUCUCUGGUUUCCAGCUUAUGGAUAUUUAUUGGAAACAAGAGCAUCGCUUGAUGUGUUCUGGAGAGACUUGCACUGCUUCCGAGAGAGAUCGCUAUGAAAAAUCGAUCUACAAGGCUCAGAGGAAUGUGAUUCUCUGUGCUGCUGCCGUCCUCCUUUACUGGUGUAUCUACCGCGUUUGCAAGUAUUACAAGGACAUCCAGAGCAUGGAGGAGGUGGAGAAGAGGUACAAGGAUCAGUAA